AAAUUAGAAAAACGAUUAGAUGUUGCAUGGGCUCUUCAGAUUUUUGAUUGUCCUGUGCAGGGUUCAAGUCCGAGCCUCCUAGGUGGGACACACAUUUGUCAAUCUUGUCAAAAAAACAAAAUGGUUUCAACUGGAGUAGGUUCCCAAUCUCAGGAUACUCCUGCUCAAGCUCCUCAUGCAUUGAAGAACUUCUCAAUGUCUCAGAAGGAGAAAACUCUUGAAGAACUUGUGCGAGACCAGUGGCUCUGUUCCAUCACAGAUGGUAACAUUGGACUGGGGCUUAGAUCCUUCCUUGAUCUGCGCAGUUGGUUCCGUAAUAAUGAUAUUCCUGCAUGUGAAGUUUGUAAUGAGGCUGGAAUUAAGGCAGAGUUGUGCGAAAAUGAAGGUUGUACUGUUCGAUUGCAUCAGUACUGUCUAAAAAGGAAAUUUUCCCAGAAACGGGGUGAGAAAGUUUGUCCAGGUUGUGGCACUCCAUGGCUGCUUCCUGUUUCCAAAAUAGAAACUGUGGAGGAAAUUGAUGAUGACACAAAUGGGUCCACUCAGAACCAGCCACCUCCUCCACCCUCCAUGAGAAAGAGGCUCAGAACAUCCGGAGCUGUUGUUGAUUCCGGUACUGCUGGAUCUGAAUCCUCUCUCGUGCCGCCGGUGUCUACUUCUGAUGCUAGGAGGACAGCGCGAAGGUCUGCCCGACUGAGAUGAAAUAUGUCUAAAAGCUCUUCUCUGUUGGAGUACUAAUUAAAAAUAUAUUAUGCUGUUUAUUUUGCACCAACAACUUGCCAUUAGUUAGUACAUAUUAACCUCGCAGAACCAUGUUUAGUGUUCCAUAGCAUAGCAGCAUUUUGUGUAUACUCCAACAAUCUUUUGUUUAUGGUUAAUAUAUAAUUUGCUCAUCGGUUUCCAUCA